UGUAUGGACAGACUCAUUUCUGAAGAAGACUACCUCAAAGUGAAUAAUCAACUUGAGGAUUUUCAUUUGAAGAACGGAAUGUUUGGAUUUAGAGCAGCACAAGCAUGCUACAAAACACGAUCUCCUGGUAUGUUUUUAGUUUGAGUAUUUAUAAUUUUAAUGUUUAUAUUUAUAUUCAAGUCUUCUACUUCAACAAAUAUUCAUAAAAUACUAUGUUUGUCUUCAUGUAGAGCAUUGGUGGGUUCAGUUUGUAGAUGAUGUUCCUGAAUUGAAAGCUUUUGCAGUUAAAGUUCUUAGCCUACCGUGUUCGACUUCUGCAUGCGAGCGUAAUUGGAGUAUCUUCAAUCAAAUUCAUACAAAAAGAAGAAAUUAAUUGGCGGCAGAUCGAAUGAACAAACUAGUUUAUGUUAUAUUUAACAAAAAACUGAAAGGCUCUGUUUAAAAUUGCGCAACGAGAGGCGCGCCUUUGCGCAAUUCUUCCCAAAGGCGCCUCGAGGCGCACGCAAUUUGGAGCCUGGAAGAGGCAUACGCCUCACCUUGUGUGAGUCGCGCCUCAAUUGCGCAAUAAUGGGUGAGGCGUAUGCCUCACCCGUUGGCCCCACCCUACUUAAAAUGACUCUUUUUUUCCCUUAACCCGUUCGGCCCAGGCAUUUCCCAAUAAACUCCGUCCGCAAGCCCCAGUUUGUGCAACAGAGCCCCUCCCGCACGGUCGGCCACCCUUCCCGCCGCCUCUCCCGCCGGCGUCGCCUCUCCGGUGAACUUGAAGUGUCCGGCCGCCUUGUAGGAGAAGUCUACAAACGAUUUUAGGUAUUUUUUUUUAGUUUUUGGUUAGAUUUUUGAAGUGAAAGAAAUUCUAGGGUUUUAUAUUUUUUGAAUUAUUUUGAGUGAUUUUCGAUUCUUUCAUUAGGGAUCAUGGUUAGAGGCAAGGAAAAUGCGUCUUCGUCAUUGCGUAGGGACCCUUCUUGGAAAUAUAGUGUACAAGUUGACAUUGACGGCGGAGAUAAGAGCUAUGUUUAUUUGAAAUGUAAUUUUUGCAAUAAAGUGGUGACAGGAGGUGUUACCCGCAUGAAGGAACACCUAUCAUGCUCGCACAAAAACGUAGCAGCCUGUGCAAAUGUGCCGAAAAAGGUGAAGGAGGAAAUUAUUUCUUAUAUGAAGAAAAGUACCACGGCUAAACACUUGCAACAGGAGCAAUUUGAUGAUAGGGUCGAACAUGGCGCUUAUUUUGGGAGCGAGAGUGGAAAGGGCUCUUCCUCCACCAUACAUAACAGAGGUGCACGGGGUCCUAUAGAUCAGUAUAUGACUACUCCAAAAGAGGAUAGAGGACAAGCACAAAUGAUGCCUGCGGCCGGUACUAGAGAGGGACGACGCCAGGUUUGCAUGGAUAUUGGGAGUUUUUUUUUAAACGCCAUACCUUUUAAUGUUGUUAUGUCGCCUGCCUACUUCAGUAUGUUGCGGUCUGUAGUAUUGUAUGGAAGAGGGUUGAAGGCACCUUCCAUGUAUGAGUUGCGAACAUGCAAAUCAUUCCUACUGUAUGUUCAUAGUUCUUACAUUUGUGCACUGUGAAUCUAUAGGUUUGCCACCUCCUAUUUGACACUGCAAAGCUUGAUGAAGGUGAGACAACCUUUGGAAGCCAUGUUUACAUCAACAAAAUGGCUUAACUCUGCUUGGGGGAAGAAAAGUGAGGGGAAGAAAAUAAGAAAGAUAAUUCUGAAUGAUAAACUUUGGGCUACUGUGACCUAUGCCAUUUUGAGCACGAGACCCUUAGUGCAAGUUCUACGCUUAGUAGAUGCAGAAGAAACCAGCUAUGGGUUUUAUUUAUAAUGCUAUGGAUGAGGCCAAGGAGUUGAUUAAACACAACUUGGGAGGAGAGGAGGCAAGUUCUAGGGAGAUUUGGGAUAUCGUUGAUGCUCGGUGGGAGGUGCAGUUACACCGUCAUCUACAUGCAGCGGCAUAUUAUCUCAAUCCUCAAUUUCAAUAUUCAGAGAAGAAAUCUUCAAAUCCGGAGGUGAAGCUUGUUCUAUAUCAUUGUAUGGAAAGAUUAAUACCGGAGCAGGUAGAUAAGGAGCUUGCAGAUUUACAACUUAUUCUGUUCAGGAAUAAAGAGGAUUUUUUUGGUUUGAAUGCAGCAAAAGCAACCAUUUCUAAAUGGUCUCCAAGUAUAAUUAUUUGGUAAAUGCAAGACACUUUAUUCAGUUCUGAUUAUAUUUUUUCUUGAAAACAGUUGAAUGGUGGAUCCAGUUUGGUGAUUCCACCCCUGAGUUAUAGAAUUUUGCUGUAAGAGUGUUUGACCUCACUUGUUCUUCUUCUGGGUGUGAGCGAAACUGGAGUACAUAUAGUCAAGUGCAAACAAAGAGAAGAAAUCAGCUAUCUACACUCAGAAUGA